UGGGUGGUGAAGCAACAAAUAUGAAUGAUUUAGAAAAACAAGUGUGAGCGUUUGAGUGACGCCCCCGCUUGUGCCUCCCAUAAAGCCCAUCAACUGGCACCAGACGCCUCAGUCAGUAUCGUCGCGACGCUCAAAUCAAACCUCUCUUCAUCAUGUCUAAACGCAACAAGGAACUGGAAGCAGAAGUUCUCAAUUGGAUCUUCCAAGUGUUGGGAGAGCCCGUCCCCAAGGGCGAAUUUGAAGACAUCCUCCGCGAUGGUGUUGUCCUUUGCAACCUAAUGAAUAAGUUGGCUCCUGGUAGUGUGAAAAAAAUCCAAGCCAAAGGAACCAAUUUCCAGUUGAUGGAAAAUGUUCAACGGUUUCAACAAGCCGCCAAAAAUUACGGUUUGCCACAAGAAGAAAUUUUCCAAACGGCUGAUCUCUUUGAAAGAAGAAACAUCCCUCAAGUGGCAAUUUCCCUUUUUGCCCUUGGACGCAUCACCCAGAAACACCCCGAAUGGACCGGGCCCACAUUAGGACCAAAAAUGGCCGAGAAGAAUGAAAGGACGUUCACGGAAGACCAGUUGAGAGCGUCCGAAGGGCAAUUGAACCUUCAAAUGGGGUACAAUAAAGGCGCCUCGCAAGCUGGGCAUGGCGGCUUUGGAAACACUCGUCAUAUGUAAAUUUUCUAGUUUCUUGAAUGCUUUUUAUUAUUUUUAUAUAAGACUCUAGGAUAGGCUAUGUAGUAUUACUUUGUUAUUAUUUUUGAUUUUGUAACAUUUUUUGCUUCAAAUUUGGAAGUUGGACCGUAUUUUUAAACCAAACAGCUGCAUACUAAAAUAGAUGCCUAUAAAUUCGGAUCUACUAAUGAAUAUAUUGUCGAAUCAAAACAUUAAUGUCUAACGUUUUCGUUGUAAAAUAAAUUGUUAUCAUUUU